AAGUUAUAACUCUUGAACGAUUACAUAUUUUUAGACGAAAUUUGAAAUUUAUCGAUGAAAUUCGGUAUAGCUUCCUAUGAAAUUCUAAAAAUUAAGAUGCUACUAACAGCAAAAAAUCCUAUGAGGAGGGAUCAGGAAAUUGCAAAUUUUUUUCGCAAACUCCGAGUGCAAAUUAUUGUUGAUAAAAUUUCAUUAUUUGGACCCAGCAUCAGCCUCCAUGAGUUUCAUCUGGGUCCCACACUGGGAAGUCGAGAUUCAGCAUACUGAAAAAUCCUGGAUACGUCACUGAUUAUUAAUCAAAGAGCUUAAGCCGUUGUGAACUUGGAUCACUGCAGCUUCUCAGCUUCAAUUCGUUACUCCACUACUUUUUGCUUAAUUUCACGAGAGAAGUUCCUGAACUAAUCAAUUACUUUUUAGUCAGAGUUAUAUUCACAAAAAACUACGUUCGUUAAGGCCUAUCUUCUACCAAAAUUCUAAAAUCAGUUUUUCUGAGUAGAACCACUGUUUAUGUAAAAAAUACUGUAUUAUCACAGUAAUAAGCUAAGUCAGGAUGAGUCAUAGUUAGUAUCUCUUGCAGUUAACAGAUCAGAUCAUACGAAGUUGCCCUCAAAGCUCUCCGGUUCAUCUGCACAAACCAAUUUUGGACUAAGUGUAUAUUCAAAACGUCUGAUCUUUUCGGGAUAUAUUAAAACUAUAGUGAAAAGGCUAUGAUGAAAUUCUUAGCUUUAUACUAUAAUAUUUGAGAGAUAGAAAAAUUUAUCAGACAAGGCUCAAAAGCAGUUCAUUUAACAACUUAAAAUUGCCUGUCGAUCCUCAUUUUUUUACAUUUAAGUUUCUUGUCCUUGAAAGAAUAUGUCAACAUGCAGAACAUGGCAGUGCUCGUAGUUUUUUUCUUUUUUAUAAUUCUUAUUUUUUACGUGAAAAGAAAUGGAUGACAAGUUGAAGGUUUAUUUAUUAAAAUGUUCGUUCUAUAAUAAGAACAAAGUUUAAUUAAACAGAGAACAUUCUGUCAGACCCUACAUUUUAAUAUGCUCUUCUAAGCAAAUAAAAAAUUAAAUAAUCUGAGAAUUCUGAACUACGCAAUUAGAAAACAUAAGUAGAGAAGAAAAAAAAACAAAAAACAUUUACCAGUUUUUCUGAAAAAAAAAUGUACCAAAUAAAAAGAAAACCCAUAAUGUAUGUCUGAAAGAUCUGACCUCAAGUUAUCCUCCCAUGCAUUUGUUGUAUUUCCGAUUAAUCUAACGGAAAUGGACUUUUUUUUAAAGGAACGACAGACGACCCCAAGCAAUAGAAUCAAUCGUGAAAUAAUAUAUAUUCUUUUCUAUUGCAAAAAUUGCGACUAAUAUCAAAUAUGUUUACUUAUUGCUGAUGACACUGAAGCGGAACGCACUAUUGAAGUAAAACGUCAUAGUUUUCGAUAGAUGUAUAAAUACUUUUUCCAACGCAAUAAUAUAUAAAUUAGAAGUUUGAAAAAGUAAAAAAAAAAACGAUCUUCGUGUGAUCAGCGAGCAGCAAUUACAUUGUGUUUUACAUUUUAAUUCCGUAGAGAUUGCGAUGAGAGUUGUUUUGUUUUUUGAAUUCUAAUGAUUAUUCUUCUUAUUUCUAGUCUGUUGAAGGUAAAUGGAAUAGUAAUAUAACAUCAGCUAAAGAUCGUCAAAAACAACAAUUUAAAGAACGUGUUAUGCAACUACAUGAAGAAAGUUUAGUAUCAAAUAGUUUACAAACUUCAAAUAGCAAUAAAAUACAUACACGUCUUAAUGCAAUACUAUCAUCACCAUUAUCCAUUGUAAUUGCUGUACCUGAUACAACAUUACAUGAACGGCGUUUAGAAACAAGUUAUACUGUACAACUCGGUGCUCAAUUAAAAUCGAUGUAUAAUCUUCGUUUAAUUCGUUGUGAUAUGCUAGAUUAUUGUCGUUUACGAACCGAGAAAAAAGAUAAUAAAAUUUUAUUUGAACCACAACGUCUUCAAACACUUAUGUCACUUAAUUCAAGUUCACUUUGUGGUCUUGUACUUCUUGUACCAAAACGACUUCGAUUAACAACUGCUGAUAUUAAAGAAGAAUUUGCUUCUGUAUGUGAACGUUCAACUGAUUUUCAUUUUCCAUCAUUUGAACAACAAUUAUCAAGUAUUGAAGAUUGUAUUCAAAAAGCUAAUCAAGCUCGAUCAGCAGCAUCUGCUAGUCUUGAUUCAAAUUCAAUCACAAGCAAACAUAGUGAUAAUUCUUUAGAAGUAAAUGAAAAUGAAUCAUAUUUUCGAUGA